GUACACGGAUGACGCUUUACUCCUUAAACAUGUUACCUGACGGAAGGUUUCUUUCAGCUGAACUUGCUAGUGCUUCAAUUCCUUUUAGCUAUCACGGUCGGCAUCAUUAUAAAGCCAUCCUUCGAAUGAUGGCUAUCUUUAACGACGAAAUGACAAAGCAGGAGAAAUUAAUGAGACGAAUCAAUAGAUCUGUAUCUCGGCCAAAGGAGACGACAGUUCGAGAAGUAUUAAAAAUACCUGACGGAAUUGAGAAUAAAAUGAUCUGUAAAUUUAAAUUCGAGGUUUAA